AUGGCGCCAAUGAGUAACCAAAGUAUAAAUUACAGUAGUAAUUAUGGCGAGGAGUUGACUGCCCGUGUCAACGUCCUUGCCUCCUGCUACGUUGUUGACUCUGCCGCCAACCUCAAGGGCCUCCACUACUGCACUACGGGGGGGCGGAGUGGUAUUCCUGAGGUCCCUUCCUCAGGCCUGCCUUCUCCUCCGUCAAGCCCCCCCCUCGCCGCAUUGACCUCGUCCAACCAGCUCGCCCUUCUUCCUAAGCAGAAGAAGCGCGACAUUCCAGGCAGACGCCUGGAGCGACGAGGGGGGGCAGCACUCAUGAUCAGGGAAGAAUGUGAGAGAUUCUUCUGUGAGACCAUGAAGACCGUGUUCCUUGGUGAGAGGAACCUGUCUAUCAAUGGCUCCGGCUUUUCAGGUGCUUAUUUACAAUCGCCGCCACCCGACCACCACCUCGCGGAUCCAUUCAACCAGGGCCCGGACACUGUUCCGGCUGGCUCGCGGAUCGACGCCUGGAUGGAAGUCUGGGACUACGCCGGCGGAUCGAGCUUCCGCGCCUUUGUGGCAGACGAUGGAAGGGAGAAGUCCCUCUUCAUCUUCUUCGACAUUGAAGGCGUGCUCGGAAGAGACUUGAAAAAGGCUCUUAUGGCGCUCAUCGAACUUGCUGAUGGUCCCCUGGCCUGUAGCCAGAUCAUCACAUGUCUUGAUCGCCGCCUACCUGCAGAUAAUGCUCGUGAUUUGAUCAAGAGCCUUCAAUGGGUUGGCUUCGACAUGGCCACGCUAGACCACUGGGCCAGUGACUUGGACGUGACUAGCAAACAGUGGAUUUUCAUGGGCAUGGAACUCUAGUUUUUUCUCUUGCUUUAUUUGCUUUACUGCGCAUUCGUUUUAUUGGGGAACCAGCUUUACUUGUUAAGGAAACCAGAUUGAUUCGUUGUUGAUCCUGGAUCCGCCCGUUUGUUCUUUAUGGCUCGAAAAAGCAAACAAAAAGCAUAAGGGCGUUGGUCAGUGAUUCUGCUUCUCUUGUUCUUUUGAAGCUAGUACCAUCCCGGGAGUUUUUAGUUGGGACUGUUUAUAUGUUUUUGGUGUUGUGUCGUUUUGGUGUUGUGUCGUUUUGGUAUUGGUCAAACUGCCCUUUGAAAAGUAUCUCGAUGCUUUUUCAUUUGGAGUCAUGGAUCGACAGGGAUAGACUGUACGGAGUGCUCCGGACAGGUGUAGGCCAAACAGUUAUCGGGUUAGUUAGUUGACAACAUUUAGUUUUGAGUGAAUGGAUCAAACUCUUUUCUUCCCUCAUCAU